AUGGCCAAUUUAAAAGAACUAGACUUCUAUUAUCCUCACAACCCAAAGUUCGAUGAGCUUUUAAUACUGAAUGUGAACGUUGUAGGAUUCGUAGAACUCAAUUCUCGCUUCGCGAUUUGA